AUAACGGAUUUGCAAUUUACGCUGGUUAAAGUCACGUUUGUUCUCUUCAAGAGUUUGAUAUUGAGAAAAGUAGAAACGAAUUUAUAAAAAGAAAUUUUGAGAUAUCUUGUUUGAUUGUUUUGCUUUGUAUCCAACAUGAGUUCAAAAUUGCAGCAGGCAUUGAAUUUAUCCUUAGAUGAAUACAUUGCCAAAAAAAAUAUUGUCGCUAAUGUAUGCUCUGAGCCGGAGAAUACAAGUCGUUUCAAACGACAAUUACGUUCUGAUCAAGAUGACAAUGACGACGACGAUGAUACACUGUCUGUCAACAUCCAGAACGAAAUGGACGUAGAAGUUAUGGGUGAUACGCCACCACCACUGAUACGGCAUAAGAGCCCGCUUGAGAUGAUUGAAGACGUAAAGGUUGUACCUAAUUUUCCGGGUAGGUUUAUUACUGAGGAGCAGAAGCGGGGCCUUCGCAUACCUUCACAGCAAUGGAGACUGCAGCGAGAUAAUCAAACGGGCGGCAGGUCUGAUCGUUUUCCGUUUACGAAUGCAAAUAAUAACAACGGUUUUCGUAUCAACCACAUCAACAACCGCUUCAAUCAGCGGAAAUGGAACAAUCGCAACAAUUUCAGAAAUCAAUACGGCAAAAAUCCGAAGAUGGUUGGAAGUUUUAAUCCAAGAUCUCGUUGGAAUAAUGUGCGUAAUAAUAUUCAAACCAACGGAGAUUUGCGCUCCCUCAUAACCACGUCAUCUUCAGGUCAAAUUCAUGGCAGUUCUUUCGACAUCAUGUCUGGGAAUGGAAUGCAAACGUUCCGACAGCCGCAAUUAGUAACGUUCGCUGAUAUGUUGUCCCGUAUUGGCCAGGCAUCAUCGAGUCAAGAUCGAGAUAGUUUUUCUGCUGUAAUCGGAAACAUAAUGCGCAAUCAGCAACAACAACAACAGCAGCAGCAGCAGCAACCACAACAAGGGAUGAUAACGCCGAUUUUAAAUCAGCAGAAUAUUGGUCAGAUGAGCUCGAAUGAGUUAAUGCCAUUUGCAGCUCAAACGUUGCUGAAUCACAUUACAACUGUUCAACAGAAUUUCGGACCAAAGUAUGAUAUGAAGGUGCAAAAGCAAAUUCACACAUUGCAAGGUAAAUCAAUGAUGUAUAGCAGUCUUGGAGUUGUAAGUACCGAUGGACCGGGUAUCGAUAGUGAAAGGAUUGUACCGAAGACAACGGAUUUGAGCAUGAAUAUGCGCUUCAGUUAGGAAGGAAGAACAAUUUGUUAAAUUUACUGUGGUUGCGAGGUAUGGACUCGAGCAUAAUGCUCCGUUAUGAACAUGUUUCUUCUUUUUCAUUUUAUUUUUAUAGAACUUCUCCAAUCAGUCGUUCAAUCUCAUGCUUUUUUUUAGGGCAAAAUAACCAAUAUCAAAAACUUCCUUCUUUUCAUCCAGUGUGAUUUUGUUGAGUUUGAAGCGUACAGUUCAAAACAAUAUAUUUCUGAAUUCACAAGUCGAGAUGACUUGAAUGUUCAAUCAUUAACAUUUAUCAAUAAUAAAAACUCUAACAUGUUAGUUAUGAAA